AUGAGUCAAGUCAAGCCAGAGUUGCCUAAACAGUUGAUUCCUUUCCCAGGUCACACUUCAAUCUCAAUUGCUACCCCAAUUUCAGUUGCCAACAGAUUCUUCAGUCUUGAUUCUACAGUAGGACAAAUCCGCCCAAGUUAUCAGUCGACCCUGAUCUCUAGUUAUGAUCCUUUCUCAGUUGAUCCCUCAGUUGGCCCUUCAGUUGCUUUCAAAAAGACAUCCCCUUAUUUGCCCAAAUGUAACUCUCACUUGUUUGUCAUUGAGCCCAAUUAUGAUGUUCAUUCAUAUCCAAUUGCCAUAGCCAAACACUAUUUCCCUCCAGGAUUUCACUAUAUGCCUCCAAGUCCUUACAAGUCCCUCAAGUAUUAUAGAGAUAUACUACUUGAAACUCAAUCAGUUGAAAUUAAGCCGAUAAAGGAUCGUGAUCACCCUGAGACCAUCCUUUAUCAUUCCAUAUACAAAGUUCCUUGGAUACUCAAAUGGCCCUACAAGGUUACCAAGGAUACCAGAAUAUUUGCCCGACAAUUUUCUGUUAAAUGGUGGGAUAAGUUCGAAGUUGACAGAAUUGCUAAAUACGUCUAUAAUGAUUUGCUCCAUGAUUUUGCUCCGCCUCCAACUUCCCCCACUGGUUCAACCAAAUCUUCCCUUUCAGUCGAGGGAAAAUCAAAGUCUGACCUACAGGAGAUUGCUCGCCAGUUGAUAAUUCAAGCUUCCCAAAUGGAUGAUGAUGAUGAGUAUGACAAUGAUAAUGACUCUCCUUCUUCGUCCAGUUGCCAGCCCAUGCAGAGCCCUGCUAAGCCUAAAAGUUGGUACGAAGAUAGUCAAGACUCCUAUGAUGCCUAUGAUUUGAAUUCUAAUUAG